AUGAAUUCCCUCAUUUUGUCUUUCUCAUACCUUUGGGUACUUACAAUCUUUAUACUGUUUCAUCGUUCUUUGUCUGAUGAAGACUCUAGUAACGUUUCAUGCAUUGGAUACGAGAAAACUGCUCUACUGGAGUUCAAGAACGACCUAAAUGAUGGUGGGAACCGGCUCUUUUCCUGGAACAGCAGCAAUGAAGAUUGCUGUAAAUGGUAUGGAAUCACCUGCAACAAUGAAACUGGUCAUGUCAUCCAGAUCCGCCUACGUGGGCCUGAUCAUACGGAUAGCUUUAAAGACCAAGAAGCAUCGAUACAGAGGUUUGGAGGGAAACUCAACCCUUCUUUACGUAAUUUGACUUCACUCGACUACUUAGACUUGAGCUGCAAUGAUUUUGAAGGGAUCUCGAUUCCUACCUUCAUUGGGUCUCUCCAAAACUUGACUUAUCUGAAUCUUUCUGAGUCAAGAUUUUCCGGGGAGAUCCCGAGUCAACUCGGGAAUCUCUCCGAGUUACGCAUGCUCAGUGUCGGGAAUGUUUAUAAUGGUGAUCAGUAUGAGCAAACAGUGAAGAGUUUGCAGUGGUUAUCGGGUCUUUCUUCUUUGCUCCACCUUGACAUGAGUGGGGUUCAACUUGGCAAAGUGUUUGAUUGGCGAAAGGUGAUUCAAACCCUUCUCCCUUCUUCUCUUGUAGAACUGCAUUACUCGUCUUGUGGACUUCCUCCUAUCACACCUACUUUAUCCAUAGUUAAUCUUAGUUCGCUUUCAGUCCUUGAUCUUUCCUAUAACAAUUUCAGUACCAACUCGAUACCUAAUUGGAUAUCUAGUUUACAGAGUUUAGUUUCCUUAAACCUUGCUAACUGCGAUUUCAAUGGUCCAAUUCCUGGUGCUCUUAUGAACAUGGCUUCCCUUAUUACCCUUGAUUUGUCAAAUAAUCAACUCACGAGUGUUCAAACUAUUCUUAGUUCGGUUCCAGGAAACAUCUGUAACUUGAGGGAAAUCAAUCUUUCUUGGAACAAAUUUCACGGUAAAAGUCUAUCGGAGGUCCUUACAAGUUUGUUUAAUUGCGAGUCAUCUAAACUCGAGUCUUUAAAGUUCGCAUCAAGUGGGCUUUCUGGUUAUUUACCACCACAACUCGGAAAUAUGACAAACUUGGUUCUUAUUGAUCUUAACAACAAUUCAAUUUCUGGGUCGAUCYCCGAUUCCCUAGGAAAUUUAUUAUCCUUACAAACUCUAGAAAUCGAGUCUAAUUCAUUAUCAGGCCCGCUACCUGACUCGAUAGGAAGAUUGUCAUCSUUGCUAWCWAUGUAUCUUCCURACAAUUUKAUAUCCGGCCCACUCCCAGAUUCUUUAGGAAGAUUAUUGUCUUUGGAGCUGUURGAUAUUUCGRRUAAUGAAAUCAAUGGAACUCUUCCCCAAAGUSUUGGCCAACUWACGAAGCUGAUKAMCCUAARCRUUSGGAACAAUUUGUUAACAGGUGUUGUSACUGAAGAUCAUUUUKCUAAKCUCACCARUUUAGCCACUUUACGAGCAGAUGCAAACAUGUUAAGACUCGAGAUAUYRGCURAUAACUGGGAACCACCWUUCCAACUCCRARGRUUGAGCUURAAUUCUUGGAGUUUAGGUCCAAAGUUCCCUUCAUGGCUUCAAAACCAAAAAAAUCUGUUCAUCUUGUAUCUAGCCAGCACAGGGAUUUCAGAUAACAUUCCAAGUUGGUUUUGGACUACGUUUCUGGAUUUGCAGUAUCUGAAUCUCUCYGAUAAUGAUUUCUCRUCAGUGUCUCUGAGCGAAUACUUUUGUUCUAAARCAGAUGCAGAACAKMAACAGGUUAAAUAUGUGAAUCUGGGUAAUACUAGUCUKUCAGGUGUUCUUCCUGAUUGCUGGGCAACCUGGGGAUUCUUGAAUAUCUUGAACUUGCAGAACAAUAAUCUCACUGGUGAAAUUCCAAGAUCUUUGGCAAAUUURUCCAAGUUAGAAUCAUUAAACAUGCGCAAUAACAAGCUSUMUGGAGAAUUACCUAUGAAUCUAAUGAAUUCACAGAGGUUACUGAUUAUUGACCUUUCUGAAAACGAAUUCAUUGGAGGCAUACCAAUACCGAUAGGUGGAGAAGCUACCAGAUUGAGGGUUCUCAGCCUUCAUUCAAACAAAUUGAAAGGCAAGAUCCCAAGGGAAAUCUGCAGACUUGAUUCUAUCCAGAUUCUGAUCCUUGCUAAUAACAAUCUUUCAGGGGAAGUACCAAACUGCUUCCACAAUUUUAGUCUCAUGACAGGAAAAGCGAAUCCAAAUCAAAUCAUCUCGCUAGCCGGAGAUGAAUUUAUGGGCAGUGCUUGGUUGGUGAUGAAGGGGAGGGUGAAUGGGUAUAGCAGCAUUCUUGGUCUACUGACAUUUUUGGACCUUGCAGGGAACAAUCUAUCUGGGGUUAUUCCAAGUGAGAUUACGAGGCUGGUGGAGUUGAGAUAUUUGAAUAUUUCCGGUAAUCGGUUAACAGGGAGGAUCCCUGAGAAGAUUGGUGACAUGAAGUUGUUAGAAUCUCUUGAUUUGUCAAUGAAUCAACUUGACGGGAUGGUUCCUUCGAGCAUGUCAAGAUUGAGUUAUUUGAAUUUGUUGAAUUUGUCGUACAACAAUUUGACAGGAAGGAUUCCAUCGAGCACUCAGCUUCAUAGCCUUUCAGAGUCGAGCUUUGUUGGCAACAAGCUGUGUGGAGCUCCGGUUAGCGUAAAGUGCGAAAGGCGAGGUGGAAGGGCUGGUGACACCGGUGAAGUAGGUGGAAGUGGUGGAACAGAUUGGGGACUUAUUAUAAGCAUAGUGGUUGGAUUCGUGGUGGGGUUUUGGGUUGUAGUGGCUCCAUUGAUAGGUAGCAAGGCAUGGAGGGUAUCAUUUUUUGAAUCUGUGUAUGGUAUUUGGUACAAGUUUUGUGACUGCAUCUCCAACUACACCGCUUCCAACAACAGGUUUCAUAGAUAA